CGUCCUGGCCCGGACCGGAAGUGACUUCCAGCCUUUCCCAAUCCCAAACUGUGGGCGUUUCUUUUUUCCCUUCAAUCUUUCUCCACUUCAGAUUAUUUUUCUGGGUGUUGCCUGCGUGGUUUCAAAGUUUGGGAUUUCUAUCCUUGUUUUUUCUUUGAGUUUUCAUACAGUUACCGGGUCGGUCUUCCCGGUUUCCCGCAUUUCCCCCCCCAGAAAGCUUUGCUUUAUUGUAGCCACCGUUAGCUAACUAAGCUAACUGGGAUCGACCCGUCCGAUGCAGGCCAUUAAGUGUGUAGUGGUGGGCGACGGGGCUGUGGGGAAAACAUGUCUGCUCAUCAGCUACACCACCAACGCCUUUCCGGGGGAGUACAUCCCCACAGUGUUUGAUAACUACUCAGCCAACGUGAUGGUGGAUGGGAAGCCGGUCAACCUGGGUCUGUGGGACACGGCGGGUCAGGAGGACUACGACAGGCUCAGGCCGCUGUCUUACCCUCAGACGGAUGUCUUCCUGAUUUGCUUCUCCUUGGUCAGUCCCGCCUCGUUUGAAAACGUCAGAGCCAAGUGGUACCCGGAGGUCAGACACCACUGUCCGGUCACGCCCAUCAUCCUGGUGGGCACCAAGCUGGACCUGAGAGACGACAAGGACACCAUCGAAAAGCUGAAGGAGAAGAAGCUCUCCCCGAUAAUCUACCCGCAGGGUUUGGCCAUGGCCAAGGAAAUAAGCGCGGUGAAGUACCUGGAGUGCUCGGCUUUGACGCAGCGCGGCCUGAAGACGGUGUUUGAUGAAGCCAUCAGGGCCGUCCUGUGCCCCCCGCCCGACAGGAAGAAGAAGAGGAAGUGCAGAAUACUCUAACGGAGAUCCUCUCAGAACCAAAACACCAAAGAACAUCUGGUUUGAGUUUGGGGUGGAGCAGCGUUCCCACGUGUCCGUUCCGACGGAACUUCCCGCUGAAAGGAGCAAACGGAUUUGUUUGGUUUUCAAAUGAGGUGUUUUCUGACUGUUUGCUCCUUUCAGGCGGGAUUCUUGUAAAGGCCUUUGGGGAAAAUGAAGGAACGUGGUGACGUUACUUGAAUAUUUCAUGAAACUUCCAUAGACGUAACUCAAAAAAAAAGAAAAUUACCACCAGAUUCCUGCUGCCUUGACCAACAUUUCCUGUUUUUAUCGCCCGUUUCCCGUCAUCUUCAGCGACCCGUUUGUUUACAUGUCUGACCGGACCGAGGUGCUGCUUCUUCUACUCGUUGGGAGUUUUAUUUUGAAGGUCUGAAUCCAUCCGUCUGUCCGUGUUUGUAAAGUCAGUAUUUGAUGAGUGAAGCUCAGCGAGGUCGUUUUGAUCCAGGAAAAGUGCUUUUAAGGCUUCACGCGUCGACUUCCUGUUUGGCCCCAUUUCUUAAUGUUCGAUGAAGGUCGGAACUCAUUUUGAUGCUUUUAUUGUGAAGUCUCUUCAGUUACUUCUCGACCUUUUGUGUUUGUUUUUAUGAGAUGAGAUCAAGUUGCUCUGAGGAACCCCUGAAUCUGGACUCAGCAGCUGUCAGAACAUGUUACGGUUUUAUAGAGCGAGAUGGAGAUUUUUUAAACAAAUAAAUUUGGUAAAAGUGA